GUAAGUGGAGUGGAAAUUACUUUGUGGCUGAUGAUGGUCCGGCUUGUUUGGGGAUUUAACGCUCAGUUGCCCCACGACAAGAUGCUCCAAAGUUAAACGUUGUCCAUUUUCACCGAGUGGGGAAAGUAAGAGGACGGGAAGGAUGGAAACAUCUGCGAAGCCGCUCAAGCUAAAAAGCAAUUUGGUGUGACGGGAGACGUCUAUUCGGCCUCCCGUGUCUCCCCACACUCCUCUGUUUUUGUCCUCCCUGUAUUUUAUUUUAUUUAUUUUUUUUCUCCUCUCUCUCUCUGGCCGGACUCCGACCACCACCGCGUGAAUUCAUGAUCACAUGACCGUGGAUAUGGACACAGUCCUAUCCCACUUUGUCCAGUCCACAGGAGCAGAACCAGGAUUAGCCAGAGACCUGCUAGAGGGCAAGAAUUGGGACCUGAACGCCGCCCUCAGUGACUUUGAGCAGCUGCGACAGGUGCAUGCUGGGAACUUGAUGUACUCCUUCACCCAGGAGAGGACGUACCUGCCCCCGGAAAAAGAGAUGGCCCGCCUCGGACGCCUCGUACUGCAGAGACAAGACGAUGUGACCCAAGCUGACGAAAAGCGUCAGCCGAGGGGGGUCCCGGCCCGCGCCGCCUCGCCCGUGGUUGCUUCCCUGGCGCGCACUUAUGCCUCCGGCCCCGCUGGGGGCAGCGACGAGCAGCUGCUAAACACGCCCGAGUUCACCUUCCAGCUGCCCGACCUCAGCAUGUACCAGGACGACUUCCGGGUCAACGAGCGGGACCUGAUUGAGAAGUCCAUGAUGGUGGCGCUGGAACACGCCGGGCGUCUGAACUGGUGGACCAAAGUAGUUCCCAACUGUCAGAGUUUGCUGCCCCUGACGACCACGGGAGACGGAAACUGCCUGUUACACGCCGCCUCGCUCGGCAUGUGGGGCUGUCACGACCGCGACCUGUCAUUGCGCAAGGCGCUGCGCGAGCAGAUGGACCACGGUGCCGAGCAGAACGCCCUCAAGCACCGCUGGAGGUGGCAGCUGACCCAGCAGAACAAAGAGUCGGGCCUGGUCUACAGCGAGGAGGAGUGGCAAAAGGAGUGGAACGAGCUCCUGAAACUGGCCUCCAGCGAGCCCCGAGUCAACUACAGCAACCACGCCAACAACAGGGGGGAGUCGUCGGACGAGCCCGUGUACGAGAGCCUGGAGGAGUUCCACGUGUUCGUCCUGGCGCACGUCCUCAAGCGGCCCAUCGUGGUGGUGGCCGACACCAUGCUGAGGGACUCCGGAGGAGAGGCCUUUGCCCCCAUCCCGUUCGGGGGCAUCUACCUGCCACUGGAGGUGGCGUCCACCCAGUGCCACCGCUCUCCGCUGGUGCUGGCCUACGACCAGGCUCACUUCUCGGCGCUGGUGCCCAUGGAGCAGAAGGACGGCUCCGACGAGCAAGUGGUGAUCCCGCUCACCGACUCUGAGCACAAAAUGCUUCCUCUGCACUUUGCCGUGGAUCCAGGAAAAGACUGGGAGUGGGGCAAGGACGACACCGACAACACCAUGCUUGGCAGUGUGGCUUUGUCAUUGGAGGCAAAGCUCCAGAUGUUGCACAGCUACAUGACCGUCAACUGGCUGCCGCUGCCCUGCGAGCAAGCGCCACUGGCCCAGCCCGAGUCGCCCACCGCGUCUGCCGGAGAGGACGCCCGUACGCCUGCGGACUCCGGCGAGUCGGACAAGGAGUCGGUCAGCAGCAGCUCCAACGGCAACGGAGACGCCGCCCCCGCGGGACCCACGGUCAACGGUUGCGGACACCCGGCCAAGAACAACUCAUCUACCUCGUCCACGUCAUCCAACGGCGGCUCGGCGGAGAGCGGCGCGCCGGCGGCGAGCGGCGCGCCCGCGACGGGUCAAAAGAACAAAGCCAAGAAAGAGAAGGAUAAAAAGAGGGCCGAGUCGGUGGCCAACAAGCUGGGCAGCUUCGGCAAGACGCUGGGCAGCAAGCUGAAGAGGAACGUUGGCGGUCUCAUGACUGGCAAGAACGGGGGCGCCGGACACGGCAAGAAGGAGAGCGGGAUCAAAAAGAAGGGCUCGUUCCGAGCUGAGAAGGAUGCCAUGGAGGGCUCCCCUUCUUCACCCCACGUGUCUGAGGACUCCGGCAAGGGCUCGCCCUCGUCGGGCAGCGAGCGUCUCAACGGGACAGGCGGCAGCGUGAGCAGCAGCAGCGGCGCGGAGGGCGAGGUGUACAAGUACAGCGCCGACGUCAAGGUCAGCCUCGGCAUCAUGAAGGCGGCCAUGCAAGGCGAGAGGAAGUUCGUCUUCGCCGGCAUGCUGACCACCGACAACCAGCACCCGCUGCGGGAGCAGAGGAUCCGGCGCUACUUCACCGAGGUGGAGGAGCGCUACCGGGCCGAGCAGGAGCAGCGGCGCGAGGCCGAGCGCAAGGGUGUCGUUUAUGCCGUCGCGCCGCCCAAAAAUGGGGCAGCGGCGGGAGCCGUUGAGCUCGCUCAGAACCCGCCGCCCACAUUCAACCAGCUCAACACCACCCUCCUCAGCCCGUCCAUGUACUCUGGCGCGGUGCCCAUCCCGCGGCCCUCCCUGACAGAUCAGCCGCCCUCUUCGGUGCCCCUCCACGUCCACUACACGGAAACUCGGCGUCAGUUGGCCGGCGGCUCUUCCGCGGCCUCCUACCCGUCGUACGCCACCCUUCCGAGGCACUGCUCCACGGUACAGGGAGGCGCCCUUAACACGCCCAACGCUCAGUGUAAUACCUCCCAAGGCCCCGCUCCCCUUAUUCCGGCACCCGUGGCACCCUCGUACCCGCCCGAGCUCAUCCCGCCCGACUACCCCAGGUGCCACCCCUCCAACGGCUUCCUGGAGCCCGGUAGCGGGCUCCCGCCGGUGCGCCACUACUCCCUGGGCAGCGUGGGCGCUCUACCUGGCAUGCCGUCCGGCCACUGUCGGACCCCCAGCUGCGACUUCUACGGACACCCCGAGACGGGCAACUACUGCUCCUGCUGCUACCGCAAGAAGAAGGAGACGGAGCCCGACGUCCAGAGGUUCUGAUCCAGAUUCCCCCUGACGAGUGGCCUUCUUCAGUUCAGUUGGGACUCAGUCGGCUACCGCUUCCUGGCUCGGGAAGAGACCCGGUCCCGAGAAUCAAACAGGGCUGUCUCAGACCCAUAGAAAACUGCACUUCUGUUACAUUUUUGCUGCGGCUCUUAUGCAAGUGUCUGAGGGUACGUGUGUGCGUGAAAGUGUCUGAAAGUGUGUGUGCUGCAUGGUUGCCCUCCCGAUCGGAGUUCAAGUCCUGGCCUCUGUCACCUCCUAGCGGAGAGAAUGUAAACGACAGGGCAGGCGCCCCACAGUAAUAAGCGCGGAGGCACAGGGAUGCAUGAAGAUGGUCUCCGCAAGGUUCUAGCAAGCCCUUUGAGCGGUUUUCCAAUAUCCACCAAAGCUUAAAUGCAGCCGCUGCAGAAUCCUCCAGGGACAGGAAAGAGUAAAUGGCUGCUUGCACUGAACUGUCUUACUGGUGAGGACAAAGAGUGUACUCGUGCAUAGACCUCAUUCUGGAUAUUUUUUGGAAUAAAUGCGCAAAAGGCAUUGUGGAAAGCCAUUUGAGCAAAUCUUCAUUUGCCAAGUAUGUCCAAAAAACACACAAGGGAUUCGCCUCCGGUAGUUGGAGCCGCUCGAGUACGACAACAGACACUUUGGAGACAGAAAGACAUUGAGAAAAACAAUCACUGAGCAAUAAAGGGUUGCUAGUUGUCUGGUAAUGCCGGUACAAUUUUUUAUUUUUAUGUCUGUGCAAAAAGUCCUCUAGCACUUAGAACAGUUUGAAUGACUAAUAUAGCAAUAGUCCGGUGCAAUAAGCGCCGAGACUUCGAGGAGUGUAUGCGCUUUAAAGUGACAAGUAGCGCGAUAAUCUGGGACAAUGUCGAUUGUGCAAAUGUUGCAGAUACUCCUCGGUCAGUGUGCAAGUGGUGCAGAUGCUACUCGGGCGCAUGAGUGGCCAGUAUUGGUCAACAACAGAUAUGCAAAUAGUGCAGCGUGGCGAGACGACUACAGCGAGUGCACCAGUAAUGUAUCAUUGAAAUUGAAAAGAAAAAAAAAAGAAAUUGGCAGCGUGUCGCUAUGGAAUUGUAGGUUAGCUGUUUAAGAAGUUGAUGGCAGGAGGGAAGAAGCUGUUGGAAUGUCUGCUAGUUCUAGUUGGCAUUGUUCGGUAGCGCCUACCUGAGGGAAGGAGCCGGAAGCCGAAGUUCAUACUAGUCGGCAAAAAAGUGGAAAAAAUAUGUUACGGGUAAGACACGGUUGUUCUACCGGUGCGCCCUAGGCAUUCUACUAGUGCGCUGAAUUAGCUUACCAGGACAAAGCGUGUAUUAGUACAUAGUACAUACUCAAGAUGAAUAUCAGGGAUAUUAAAUAAAUACUCAAAUGGCUUUGCGUCCAAGAGUUUCGGUUUGACACUACUGCUUGUGAAAAAUGCACCGUGGAAAAGGUCUCGAACCGAAACACAGAAAUGACGACGAUGGCUCUCCACUGAUCGUACUUGGUGCCGAGUCCCGCUUGACCGGAGUCUUCUCCCCCCUAAGAUGAAAGAAUACAGUUUGAUAGAUGGAUGGAUAGAUAGGAGGGCCAGUCAGAAAAGUAAUAAAUCCAAUUGAAUUCAACCUAUUCGUGAUUUUAAUUUUUUUCAGAAAUGUUCACACUGUGUAGAAGUGUAAAUACUAGUUUGAACAUUUAAGAACGAGAGUUUUUGCACUAUUUCCGGGAUCUGCUGCUCCUUUGCUUUGUCACGGAACUUGUCACUCAAGUGUGACAUUGGCCUUUGAUCCUGGACACCCACUUUUUGGCACAUUUUAGUGGCGGUUCCGCUUCCGAAGCGAGAAAUUCAGUCGCAGCUCUCUGCUUCUGAUGGGAAUCCAACGAUGACGUCAUUUCCAAAAUGGCGGACCGGAAGAGGACAGGCUGAAACAAAACUUUAUUAUUAUUAUUUUUUUUUUUAAAUAAACCUUAACAAGUUUUCAAACUAGAAACGGUGAACAUUUCUGAAAUCAUUCUCAAAUAUUAGUAGGUCAAAUUAAAUUGGGCUCGUUGCUUUUUGAGCGAACCGCCCCCAUUUGGAGCUCCUCCCACCGGGAUUUUCUGACCGAACCGCCCCCAUUUGGUAUCCGUCUUCAGCUCCAUGCACUAGUGCACUCUUUGUCUUCACUAUUCAUCGCACUAGUAGAACAACUAGGGUUCACAAGUGGAACAACUGUGUCCAAAAAAUACAUUUUUUUUUCUACUGCUUUAUAUUUCUGCACAAUAGUUUGACAACUACGAUAGGAGUAAGCAAAGGUUACUAGUGGGCAUUUUGGUGCUACUAGUAGAGUCCAGGAGGCCACUAGUGUCUUACUAGUGAUCACAAAGAGAGCACUAGUAUUCAAACAGCAUUGCGGAAAGCUGUUUGUGCAUUUAUUUGAUAUCCUUGAUAAUGCAGUUUUAAGAUUCAUGUACUAGUAGACUGUCCUUACGAGUAACACAAUUCAGCACAAUAGUAGAAUGACUAGGUUGUACUAGUAGUAGAACUUUUCCCCCCACUCAUGUAUGACAAAUCUUUGCACUCCUUGGCAUCUGCAUGCUACUAGUACUACUAGUGAAUUGCUAGAUGUUAGCCAGUAGAUUUGCAUGGCACUAGUAGUACAAAUAGCGCACAAUUGCCAAAUGGUGUAGUUUAGUCUCACUAGUAACGUAGUCGUGUUACUGGGAGGCCAAAUUAUGCCUCCAAGUGCGGACAAAAAGUGUACUAGUACAUGAACUUUCAGCUGGAUAUCCUUGAUCUGGAAUAAAAGUCGUUUAGGCAUUUAUUCCAAAUCAAGGAUAUGGAAUAAAUGCUCAAAGGGCUUCCUGGAAUUAGUAUGCCAAAAGUUGUCCAACUUGUCAGUACAAAGAGCGUACUUACUAUCGUCAUUAGUGGACUCUACGUUUUGUGUGGGCCUUUGGGGGUUUGAAAGCACAAAAAGCAAAAAGGCUAGCAUGCGGUUCACUGCCACGCCUAGCGGGGGGCGCUGUUGUGCUUUUGUGUGGUUGCGUCAGCCUCGCGGAGUAUUUCGAGCGACAGUACACCCGUGUUUCAAGAAACAAAACAAACAAAAAAUAGCAAAGUUAGCGUUUGCUGUGUCUUGUGUGCGUUUUGUUAACCCUGCACUAGAGUUUGAAUCACUCACGGGAAAAGUGAUGCCUGUUCGUUGUUUUGUUUUUGUGAAUACUCCAAAGAAUGAGCAGACGUUGGAAGGACUUUGCAGGCUUAAUGAAACAAAUUAUUGUUUUGUAUUUAAGUCGAAAGGCAACAGAGAGCGUGUGUGGUUAUUUUUGUAAGCCCAAAGUUUUCCAGCGUUUAUAAAAUAAAAGAAUGGUAAAGAAUGUAUUUUGUGGGAUCCUAUCGAGCGGUACAAAGAGCAGACAGCAAUUUCAAAAUAUAUAUUUAUAGCCAGAUCUCUUUUAAAUAGCUUUCCUUAUGGUGGUUUUUUGUUUGGUUUUUUAGCUUAGUGCUCUGCCUUUUGAUAUAUUUUUUUCCUUUUAGUGGCAUUUUUCUUUCUUUCCCUGCAGUUACACAAAAACAAAGUGGCUGCAAAUCGUUUCUAUUUUUCUACAGCAGAAUGGACAAACUGCAUGGGAACGGCGACCCGACUUUAACCAAACGUGUGCAUUAUUUUUAACACAUCUGUUUUUUUUUUUUUUUUUUUAAUGCUUUUGAGAGAUCUCCCACCCUCACGAAGGCUGCAGAGUGUGCAAUGUGGACAGAAAAAGCAUCAGAUUUUAUUAUUUUGAUUAUUAUUAUUUUUUCUUUCUUUUUCUUUUUGCACCAUUUAAAUAAAUUGUCAUUGUAUUUGGGGA